GUUUUACAUCACUGAUUAGUCACACCCACAAAUACUCGCUGCUGCAGCAGCGAAUGUUGCACUUUAACAUAAAGCUAGAUUUGACAUUGGAAUAAAAAGAACCAACGUAUAAAAAACAAAGGUGAUGACUUCGUACAAAAAUGAUGGGGACUGUGUUCCUGUUCAAUCCAUGCCCAAUGGCGUCUUUAUACCGUCGAAUGGACAAAUGAAUGGACAUUUUAUUUAUGCUGGUGAUCAGAUAUGCAUUCGUGAAAUGCCGCAACAAUGGAGGCCAACCAAAUGGAGUAGAGAACAUCUAGAUUGUAUGAAAGACGAUUUAAUUAGGUUUACACCAAAAGAAGAUCCGUCAGUCACACGCACACGGAUAUUGAUGAUUGGACUUGUUGGCGCGGGAAAAUCCAGCUUCUAUAAUACCAUUGACUCCGUAUUCCGGAAUCGUAUAACUCAGCGCGCAACUUGUGGUAGCGCAGAAGAAAGCCUUACAAAAAAUUAUAACACCUACGCUAUAAAAGAUCAAAGUGGUACAGACAUGAACUUCUGUUUAUGUGACACACGCGGAAUGGAAGAACUCAAUGGUCUUCAUCAUGAUGACUGCAAAUAUUUAUUGGAUGGACACAUAAAAGACCACUACGAGUUUUCAACGGAGCAUUCAGUUUCUUGGUGGUAUUAUAACGGAACGCCGUCUGCCAAUGAUAGAGUACAUUGCAUAGCGUUUGUCAUUGAUGCAACAUCAGUGGACGUUUUAUCAGAAAUGGAUUUAAACAAAAUCAGAACAUUUCAGAAACUUGCAAAGGAGAGAGGUAUAUUGCAGACAGUUGUUCUAACAAAGAUAGACAAUCUCUGUAAAGAUGUGAAGAAGGAUAUUUCCUUAGCCUGUUCAAGCACAAAUGUUGAAGAGGCUGUUCAGAAGAUAGCAGACCUGCUAGGUCUUCCACGUAACAAUGUCUUCCCAGUAAAGAACUACGAAAAUGAAACAGAGCUUGACGACAAAAUAAGUAUUCUCGCCUUAGCUGCUUUGAAGCAAAUGCUUUUUUUCACAGAAGAUGCUUUGCAAAAGAAAAAAGAAGAGGCAGAACACGAAAUAUGGUUGAAACAGCCAUGCAAUAUCCUUUAAAACGCAGCCAACCUGAUUCAUAUAAAUAUACGUUAUAAAAGUUAAAACAAAACUACGAAGAUACAUAUUUAAAGAAUCAGUCUCACACAGACUUUAAGUAGUACUCAAUCUUCUUUUUACUUAUGUAAUGUUUUAGACUUUCAUAAGCUGUACUUUUCACACUGAAAUAAAACUGAAUAGUGUGUAGAAGCUUGAACAAGAUCAAAUCGUCGCCAAUUCAAGCUAAAUAUUUAGUAGGAAGACAGUGUUUGAUAAAAAUAAUUUAUCAAAAGUUUGGUUUUAAGUUUAGAUUAAACCUCGCCCCGAAAGAUGUUUUGAAGUUUUACUUGAUGUAAAAGCAACACAUGUGCAAAUACUAAUUGUAACAUUAAAUGUGAAUUUUGGAUGUACAACGACGGAGAUAUGAAAGUUAUGUUAAUUACGUAAUCACUUACUUGUACACUUGAAAUGAAGAUAUGGCAAUAAAUUAUGGAAAUCUUGUCAGAUUUUGCACAACUAUCGGUA